AUGCAGGCGGAGACGAGCCGGCGCCCGGCGGCGGGUGCACGCCGACGCACACAGCCUGCUUUAUUAAUAUCGGUACGAUCGCGGCAACGGCGGCGGCGGUCGUGCAGCGGCCCGCACGCCAACGAACGCCGGCAACCUUAUACUACCAAAGCUGCAUUAAUGAUACUUCUCCAUCGCACAAGCAGGUCCAGCGCGGGCGGGGAGUCGCGCCGCGCGACCGCUCGUGCCCUGCACCCCUCACAUGUGUAUCCAUUUAAUGCUCAAUUCCCAUAUAAUUUAACUUUGCGAUCAAAGCGAAAUUUUCCAAAGAGCUUCCCGGCGGCACGCCGGCGGUCCGGAGGCGGGUGCGAGCGGGACGCAGACAUCGGAGUUCUCGAGAUCAAAUGCUGGGCCAAAUUAGUCACUCUCCGUCUCUCUAUCUCAAAGCCGAUCCGUAGCAAAGUUUGCGCGAAGAUGACAUCAAAAGGAAACCACACACUGGGGUGGCGCCCGCCCGCUCACCCCCUGCCCUCUCCAUACUUAAAUCCGCCGUGUCUCUCGCCUUAUCGACACGCGACUGACAACUUGCAACUCGUUUGGGUCGCGAGCGACGUCAUCGGCUGA